AUGGAUUUCUCCAACAUCUUCCGGAUUAUCAACAUCGCCGUCGGCGUGAUCAUGAUCCUGGGUGGUAUCGCCCAGUUCUUCCCGCCAUCCGUGGGCUCCAUCGUCGUGGGCGCCUAUGUCAUUAUUUUCGGUCUCCUUGUCGGUGGCCUUGAGUUCCUGCCCAACGUCCCGGACUACGUCUACCGCUAUGCGUCCUUCCUCUUCUCGUUCCUCGGCCGGGGUGUCUUCUACAUCUUUGUCGGAUCCAUCAUGCUGCACGGCCAUGUGCUGCGGUACAUCGCCGGUUCCAUUGUCGGCUUCAUCGGUCUGGGAUACCUGGCCUUGGAGUUCAUUCCUUCCAUCGAGCCUCCCUCGAACAUGCGCGAGACCGACCAGGGCUGGGGCGCUGAGCAGGUUUAA